GAAGAAUCUGGAGCUUUUACCCGGAAAUUAGUCUGAAGGUCUUCUGUAAUGUUUUUGGGUAACUCUUAAAGGCUGUGGAUAAGAAUUUGACGUGGAAAUGGGUGUUAAAAUAGAGAUAUUCCGAAUGAUGCUCUAUUUGUCUUUUCCCGUGACCAUGUUUUGGAUCUCAAACCAGGCAGAGUACUUCGAGGAGUAUAUCGUAAAGAGAAAGAGGGAAAUCUUCCCGCCUGAUGAAGAGUCACAGAGGAAGGAGUUGGAAGACUUUAAAGAGAGGAUGCGUGUUCGAAAGGAGCAACAGUUAUUAAAAAAAAUGAAUGAAAAUUGAAGAUUUUGUGUUUUGGGAAAAUGUAUGUUAUUAUAAUGGGGGCAGAUGGAUCACUACAGUUCAGAACCAGACCACAGUGCACCCGAAAUAUUGGCAAGGCUAACAUGAUUGAAUGCAUACUUGACAAUUUUUGAGGAUUAAUCUUACCCAUAAUGCCAGAUGUUCUUAAAUUUAUUAAUGACAUACUUUUUUAUAAAAUAUUUCUUAUAUGUUUGAAUUGUUUUCCCUUGUAAUAUCUGUAUUACUUUAGGGUUUAUUUUCUGUGACUGCAGUUUAUUUUGUAAAGUGUAAUGCUGUUAAAAUAUAAAAACUGGGAAAUAGAAAGAAAUAGAAAAAAUGUGCUUUAUUUAUUUUUCUGAAUUGUAUACUGACCCACAAGAGCAGUUAAUUGGCAGAAUUUUUGGCAUGGUAUUAACUUUAAAAGAUUAAUUUAUUUGAAGUGAUAUAGUUCUGUUAGGUUUGUCACAAGAAGUAUUAAGACUGAUUUCUUUGAACUUGCAAUUCACCAACAAAAUUCCAUAAAAAACUUGUGUAAUUCAUU